AUGGGACAACCACUUAUGAUAUAUGUUGCUGAAGAUAGUUGUAAAGGCAAACCAAUUGAAGACUCAAGAUUAGUUAAAAAAUUGUUAGAACUCUCUGAUUACAAAACAGAGCAUUUACCUGGUCUUUUACCUUUGGUUCCUGGAAUGCCUGUUAUUUUAACACAAAAAAUUGCUAUAGAACUGGGUCUUAUCAAUGGAAUGAAUGGAAUCUUUCGACAACUUGUUUAUGAAGAAGAUUCUGUUUCAACAGAUACUAUUUCAAAAACAUUUCCUAGCAAUGCACGAUACAUACGUAAACCUUUAUAUGUCAUAAUUGAGAUCGUCCGGUCGACGAUUGGUAGCAAUUUCGAACAACUUGGAUCAAAUGUCGUUCCAAUAUCAUUAAUGGAACAAACAUUUCCUUUUAAUAUUGCUGAUAUUCUAUUACAAUGCAUAAAAGUCAAGGUCAAACUUUGA